UCCCUCCCUCCUCCUCAUCCUCCUCAUCCCCUCCCUGGCGGCGCGGGGAGUGAGUGGAGUUGGUGGUGGUGGUGAUCGUGAGCGCCGUGCGUGAGCUUCUUCGAGCCUCGGGGUUUAAUCCCCGCGAGCCGAGCGAGCCCAAGGGGCCCUUGCUUUAUUUUAUUUAUUUUGUCAUUUUUCGGAAGUUCCGACUUUGUGCCACUUUGGAUCAGGUCCAUCAGCGGAGUCGGUAUGGGAGAUGCAAGGCGACUGCUGGUGGCGUUGGCGAUGGUGCUGGCCAUGGUGAUGCAUUCUGUGGAGGCUGGGGUGAAGGUGUUCCCGGGAGCGUGCGGAGGCCGCGACUGUUCAGGAGGAUGCAAGUGCUUCCCCGAGAAGGGGGCGAGGGGGCAGCCCGGCAUGCUGGGCCCUCAGGGGCCGAAGGGAUUCCUUGGCACGCCGGGGCCCGAGGGAAUUCCUGGGCCCAAGGGCCUCAAAGGGGACGCAGGGCCGCCCGGCCUGGCAGAAGGGAACGGAGACCCCGGCCCUAUUGGAGUACCUGGGUUUCCUGGAAUUCACGGGACCCCUGGUCACCCGGGGCAGCCGGGCUCGCGGGGCCACCCAGGGGCCGACGGCUGUAACGGCACGCGAGGGGACUCAGGCCUCCCAGGCCAGAGUGGCUCACAUGGGACACCUGGCCAAGCGGGAAUUGUGGGACCAAAAGGCCAGAAGGGAGACCCAGUAACGCCUCCUCCUUCGCUCAAGGGCAUGAAGGGCAUACGUGGGAAGCAAGGUUCGAACGGCCUCCCGGGAUCAUCCAUUCCGGGUUUUCCAGGUCAGAUAGGACCGAGGGGCCCUACUGGAUUUCCCGGCUCACCGGGGCCACCGGGGCUUCCGGGCGAGAAGGGGAACCGUGGCAUUGAGCUGCGUGGCAUGACGGGAGAGAAGGGAGACGUCGGUCCUCCCGGGCCCCCCGGACGCUUCACCGUCCCGCUGAAGGGGAGCCGGCCCAGCUACCUGCUCAAGGGCUUCAAGGGCGAGCAGGGAGAGGCGGGAGCCCAGGGCUUACCUGGAAAGAUCGGAGAACCUGGUCCUGACGGUCCUCCGAGUGCUGCCGGUGGGAAGGGAGAGAAGGGAAUCAUGGCGCUGCCGGGGUCCAGGGGAGAAAAUGGUCUCGAUGGACCUCCUGGCUUACCUGGCCAAAGGGGUGUCAGCGGUGUCCCCGGAGUCCCGGGUAAAGACGGAAAACCCGGGGUGAAGGGGGACCGAGGGACUGAAGGCGCUCCUGGACCCACAACCUACAUCACAGGACAGGAUUCGAUACGAACAGGCCAGACGGGAGAACCGGGUCCCAAGGGCCCCACUGGACUACAGGGGGAGGCAGGGUUCCGGGGCCCACCAGGCAACCCUGGCCUACCUGGCCCCCCAGCCUUUAGCCCAGCCCCGAAGGGGUUGCCUGGAAUCUUCGGCACGCCCGGCUACACGGGGGAGAAGGGUGACCCUGGCCGGCCCGGCUACGGAUUGCCGGGUCUGCCGGGCAGAGACGGCCUCCCCGGAGAGCCCGGUUUGCCUGGCCCGGCGGGCCUGCCCGGCCUCUUCAUACCAGGAGAUAACACGAACAUCACUCUGCUCAUUGGUGCACCCGGCAGCCCUGGCGCGAGCGGACCCGGUGGCCACCCUGGAAUGAAGGGGCUCACAGGUGACCCAGGGGAUUGUGAAUGCGGCGAUGGGGAUGGUCCAGGCAUGCUGAAGGGCCCGCCCGGUCCCCCUGGGCUCCAAGGUGACCCGGGAAGCCCCGGACUCCAUGGCGGCAGGGGAGACGCAGGGAGCCCUGGGCCCCAAGGGCUGCCGGGUGCAUCGGGGCCCAGCGGCUUGCCUGGACGAACUGGACCCCCAGGGCUGAAAGGGAUAAAGGGCGACCCCUAUAUUCCAACAACCAAAGGACAGAAAGGGUUGCCAGGAACCUCGGGAGAGGACGGAUUCCCAGGGCAGCCCGGCCUGAAGGGGCGAGACGGAAUGCCGGGACGACCAGGACCCAAGGGCCCGCCGGGCGACGGUGGCCGAGGGCUGCCGGGAGAUGAGGGCACGAAGGGCGUCCCUGGGACGUCGGGUCGGCCCGGGUCUCCGGGCCCGCCGGGCGACGGCUUUCCGGGGGCCGUGGGGCCUCGUGGGGACCCUGGGAGUCCCGGGCGCGAUGGCCCACAAGGGCCACAGGGAAACAAAGGACAGGCAGGUGACCCGGGCUGCUGUAACUGCACUGAAGACCGGGUGGGGCAGGGAGGAGAGACUGAAGAUUGCGUGGUGCAACCUCCGAGGGGAGAGCCUGGACCGCCAGGCCUGACCGGACCUCAAGGUCCCAAGGGCUCGCCGGGGUUCGCUGGGGAACCGGGGAUGCCAGGGUUCAAGGGCAUUCAGGGGCAGCCGGGAGAUCCGGGUCCAUCUGGGGCCAUGGGGCCUCCAGCGGCUGCACUAAAGGCCACCAGGAGCCGCCAGUGGCCUGAUUCGCGGGAGCCACGGGGGAUAGGGGACCCCCAGGCUUCCCCGGCCAGGAAGGGGCCCACGGUCGACCUGGUAAAACCGGCACGGCGGGCCCACCGGGGAGGAGAGGGCCACCGGGGGAGGUGCGCGGGGGCCAGCCGGGCUCGCCCGGAGAGCCGGGACGCACGGGGCCACAGGGGUCCGCGUGGGGAGAGUGGCCAGCCCGGCGUGGAAGGGCAGAAGGGGAACGACGGCACUGCAGGGCAGGCGGGACUCAAAGGGCCGAAGGGCGACUCUGGGCAACCAGGGCAGCCAGGCCGGCCGGGCCCCGCUGGUCCUCAAGGGGGCCCGGGCCUGCCCGGGAUCUCGGGCUCCACGGGGCCACCUGGGCCAUUUGGAAGACCAGGCCCUGCUGGACAGAAAGGCAGCCCUGGCAACGAGGGCUACCCAGGCCCGCAAGGAGCGAAGGGACUGCCCGGGCCACCAGGUUUUCCUGGCCCACCGGGAAAGCUGGGCUCGGUAGGCUCAUCGGGAGUGCCGGGCAUCGCUGGGAUGCCCGGGAAGGACAGCACCAAAGGUGCCAAGGGCAGUGCGGGCAUGGCUGGAUUCCCCGGGGUGCCCGGGACAAGGGGCCCGCAGGGCCUCCCCGGCCAGAUUGGCCCACAAGGCCCUCUUGGCAGCAAGGGCCUCCGUGGCCAGACGGGCAGCCAAGGGCAGAAGGGUUCCCGCGGGGAGGAGGGCCCCCCUGGACCCCCGCCGGCUUUUCUCAAGGCGGAAAUGAACGGCAUUCCAGGAGACCGGGGAGACCUGGGAACGCCGGGCGUUCCCGGGGAAACAGGUGAAAAGGGGAUGCCCGGAGUCCUGGGGAGCCCUGGAAACCCCGGCCUCCCAGGCACUCCCAGCUUCAACAAGGGGGAGGUGGGAGCGCCUGGCGUCCCGGGCAAACCGGGCCUUCCUGGCGACGCUGGCCCUCCCGGCACCCGUGGCAUCUCGGGCUUCCCCGGCAUGCCGGGACAGCAGGGUGAACUGGGCUCUCAGGGGUCUUCAGGCCCACCAGGAAACGAUGGACUCCAAGGCCCAAAAGGGGACCCCGGAGAUGCCACUGCCAUACCUGGAAGCCCCGGGUCAAGGGGCGAACCAGGCUUACCUGGUCAGCCAGGUGGACGCGGUUUUGAGGGCGACCUGGGCCAGAGGGGACCGAGCGGACUGCCGGGGGUUCUGGGUGCCAAGGGGACGCGGGGAGACCCUGGCCGUGCGGGCGCACCUGGGUUCGCUGGCAAUCCAGGCAUUCCGGGUUUGCUGGGUGCCGCGGGGUCUGAGGGCCAGCCAGGGUCCCGUGGCACUCCGGGCCCGACAGGACCCACCGGGCAAAAAGGUUCCCCUGGAUCUCCAGGGACGGACGGACUGGACGGAGUCCCCGGGCAAAAGGGACUCCAGGGAUCCCCGGGCUCCUCGCUGCCCGGAUCUGAGGGCCUCAGCGGUCCCCGUGGUCUCAAGGGCGUUCCCGGUACCCCGGGCCUGGGGAUCGGUCCCAGCGGCAUCCCCGGGGAAAAGGGACUCAAGGGGGACAUAGGCUGCACUGGUGAACCGGGUGUCGAGGGUCCCCGUGGUCCCAUUGGAGCUCAAGGUUUCCCUGCUCCCCUGCCAGGCGAAGAAGGGGACCAGGGUCCCCCAGGAGCACAAGGAUUUCCAGGUCCAAGAGGCAAGUUUGGGCCCUCCGGCACACCCGGCCUCACGGGAGCCAAGGGGGUGGAGGGGCCACCCGGAGAUAAUGGGCCGGACGGCCCAGCAGGGCCCAUGGGCAACGGUGGACGACCUGGCGUGCCCGGCCCUCCUGGGAGCACCGGCCUAAAGGGACCGCGGGGAGACGCUGGCUCUCAGGGUCCCAUCGGAACACGGGGUUUCCCGGGCGAUCCAGGAUCCGCUGGAACGAAGGGAAGCACGGGGCCUACAGGCGUCGCGGGUGGCCAGGGACCUCCAGGCCCGCCCGGGAAGCCAAUGAAGGUCCAAGCGGCACCCGGGUCCAACGGCCUUCCCGGGAUCCCGGGUCAGAUGGGCUUCAAGGGCGACGCUGGAGCCAAGGGCCUGCAGGGCCAGUCAGGGGAUCGGGGCAACCGUGGGCUGCCCGGCCUGAACGGUCGGGACGGGCGGCCCGGUGCCGCGGGGUCGACCGGCGACCCCGGCAACUCAGGAUUCCCCGGAAAGAUCGGGCCGCAAGGCUCCGCGGGCCGGAGCGGAACUCCCGGCCCGUCGGGGAUGCCGGGCCGCGGCAUGAACGUGGGCUUCCUGCUCGUGAAGCACAGCCAGACGGACGACGUGCCCAUGUGCCCCGUGGGCAUGGGCCGAGUGUGGGACGGCUUCAGCCUGCUGUACGUGGAGGGCAGCGAGAAGGCCCACAACCAGGACCUGGGGCUGGCCGGCUCCUGCCUGCCGCGCUUCAGCACCAUGCCCUUCGUCUACUGCAACAUCAACGAGGUGUGCAACUAUGCCUCGCGUAACGACAAGUCCUACUGGCUCUCCACGACGGCGCCCAUCCCCAUGAUGCCCGUGGCCGACGACGACAUCCGGCCGUACGUCAGCCGCUGCGCGGUGUGCGAGGCUCCGGCGCAGGCCAUCGCCGUGCACAGCCAGGACGUGAGCAUCCCGGCGUGCCCCGUGGGAUACCGCAGCCUCUGGAUCGGCUACUCCUUCCUCAUGCACACGGCCGCGGGCGCGGAGGGCGGCGGGCAGUCGCUGGCGUCUCCGGGCUCGUGCCUCGAGGACUUCCGCGCCACCCCCUUCAUCGAGUGCAACGGCGCCCGCGGCACCUGCCACUUCUUCGCCAACAAGUACAGCUUCUGGCUCACGGCCCUGGAGGAGGCCGAGCAGUUCGCCGAGGCGCCGCGCCCAGAGACGCUCAAGGCCGGGCAGCCGCGCACCCGCGUCAGCCGCUGCCAGGUGUGCAUGAAGAACCUCUAGCCGGGACGACGCCAUUAGCCCGCCCGCCCGCCCACCCACGCGUACGGGCAGACUCGCCGGUUCCCCCCCCCCCUCUCUCUCGUUCGUCGCACGCGGCUCGGUCGCCUCCGCCGCCACCG